AUGGAGGUCGUCGAGGGCCUUAUGACCCAGUCCGCCCAGCUGCGUGAAGCUGCGUAUCUGUCCGACCAAAACUAUGACCAACAGAUCCGUGAAACUGUGGCAUCUUUGAGACAUGUCAUUUCGAAAAAGUCUCUUGCUGCCUUUGCCAGUAACGCGUCUCUUCUUGAUCAUUUCGACCCAGUUGCGGACUCUCUUGUCUACUUGUUUCUUCUUCGGGCUCAAAUCCAAGCCUUCCAAGAGGAAUCCCGUGAAAAUGUGCCACCUGCCUUACUUCCUCCCGGAAAUCUUUGGUCGAGGAUCGUAACCUACCUGAGAGCUUUCGACCCCGUCCAAGUGAGAUAUGCAGGCCAAGAGUGGCGCCAGUUGGUUGAAAUUGUUGCGCAGGCUGCACAGGUAGUUUCCAAGCCCAUCCUGGCCGUGCGACCGGUCAGAGAUGCCAUGUUGCGGCUGGACCCGUCUUGUGCAGUCUUCACUUCGACACACCUACUACUUGUCCGUCUCUGUUUGCGUGCAAGGGCAUACACCCACGCGCUGCCCGUCCUUGAUAAAUAUGUCUGCCACUUCCCUACGUCGAUUUCCCACGCGACGUCCAAAUUUCCCGUGUUGCCGUGUGCAGCACACGACUCAAGCCUGUCUUUUAUCACCGAGACCUCCGGGAUUUCGUCCAAGUUGGCGUAUAAAGACUAUCUACAAUACUUCCUUCUCGGUGGAAUGAUCUACAUGGCACUGAAACAGUGGGGCAAGGCGGCACAUUAUCUCGGGGUUGUUAUCUCGAUGCCCACGGCGGGUCCCAUUAGCAUGAUCAUGGUGGAGGCCUACAAGAAGUGGAUACUGGUGAAGUUGUUAGAGAACGGCAAGGUAUCCUCGCCUUCGAAUCUGAUCCCUUCGCAUACGGCCAAGCUUUAUCAGUCGCUGGCUAGACCAUAUGUCAAUCUGGCCCACAGUUUUCAAAGAGGCGACUUGGAAAAUCUGGAGGCAGAGGUUGAUGCAGGUCGGGAUAUUUGGUGCACUGAUCACAACAUGGGCCUUGUCUCUCAAGUGCUUAGCGCCUUCUCCAAGCAUACUGUCAUGGGUAUCCGACAGACAUUUGCCGCCUUGACAGUCAAGGAGCUCGCAGAUCAGGCAUCAUCCAUGCGGAUGAGUGACGAAGCCACAGAGUCAGCCAUAGCUUCUUUCAUCAUGUCAGGUGCUGUGAAGGCCACUUUAGUACAACAUUCAAGCGGGACAAGUUCAACCAUGCUGCGGUUCUCGGCCGCCCGCUCCUCACCUCAGUUCUCAGAUGAGAGUAAGGCACAAGCCUGCCUUGCACGGGAAAGUCAGUCUCUUGGGGCCUUGAUGGAAAGUCUUCACGAGAUUGGCCAUCAUAUGGGGCUGAGCAACGAAUUCGUUGAUGGUAUGCAGAGGGGGCAGAUUUGGGCAAAUGCGGACGAUGCGAAUACUGGCAUUGGAGAGGACGCUGGACUCGAGAUAGACGAGGAUCUGAUGGGUGAGGUGCCUUGA